UUGACUAGACAUAACCUAUGUGUAAACAGCCGGGCGAAAUAAAAUGUUUAAUGUUUAUUUAUGUAUACAAUUAAGUAAGACUUAAUAGAGCAUAGUACUAAAUAAUAAUAAAAACAUGAGAUAUCUAUCACAAAUAUUUCAACCAGUGAUUACUAUACCAAAGGGUGCAAAAAUAAAAAAUACAGAAAUCACUUGUAAAAGCCAAAAACUUCUUCUAGAAUGUGGUCUUAUCCGUCCAACUACCUCUGGCUUCUUCACAAUUUUGCCACUAGCCAGACGAGCCCUAGAUAAGCUUGAACUAUUAGUAAAUUCCUGCCUAGAAAGAGUGCAGGCACAAAGAAUAUCAUUACCAUGCCUAACCUCUGCAAAUCUGUGGGAGAAAACAGGAAGACUAGACAGUGUUGGAUCAGAACUCUUUGCAAUCAAAGAUAGGCAUGAUAAAAAGUAUUUGUUGGCACCUACUCAUGAAGAAGCUAUUGCAGAUCUUAUGUCAGAUGUUGGGCCUCUCUCACAUAAACAGUUACCGCUUCUUUUGUAUCAGAUAACAAACAAAUAUAGGGAUGAGCUACGACCAAAGCAUGGUUUACUCAGAGCAAGAGAGUUUAGUAUGAUGGAUUUGUAUGGAUUUCAUAGUAAUAUACAAUGUGCACAUAACACAUAUAGUCAAGUUACUGAGGUAUACAGACGGCUGUUUGAUAUAUUGGGUCUACCCGUUCAUAGAUUGGUAGCACCGACCGGUGAAAUGGGGGGAUCGUUAUCCCACGAAUGGCAACUCCCAGCACUCGCGGGUGAGGACUCGAUACACAUAUGCCCGUCCUGCUCGCACGUACAGCGGAACGGAGAGUGCGAGAAGUGUGAGAGCGAGACGAAUGUAGUUCAGACAGUUGAGGUCGGUCACACAUUCAUUCUCGGUACAAAAUACAGUCAACCCUUGCAAGCUAAAUGUAUUCACCCGGACUCGAACUCUUCACCUUUGAUUAUGUCCUGCUAUGGAAUUGGUAUAACAAGAUUACUAGCUGCUAGUUUAGAAGCAUUGUCGACCGAGAGUCAGAUAAGAUGGCCAAAGAGUAUAGCGCCCUUCGCCGCGAUUGUUAUUGGGCCUAAGGAGGGUUCAAAAGAGUGGUCAAAGCACGGCUUAAAUCAUAUAGAGGGUGUAGCAAGAAAAUUGGACGGAAUUUUAGGAGGUGACGUGCUUUUGGAUGAUAGACAUACAUUGACCAUUGGAAAACGGCUCUUAAUGGCGGACAGAAUAGGCUACCCUCAUAUAAUAGUGUGUGGACGAAAUUCAAUCGAAACACCGCCGAGAUACGAACUUUACACCAACGGUCGACGGGAACCAAUAUUGGGUGACAUCAACGAACUAAUGGAUAUAAUAAAUGGCGUUUCUGACACUCGACGUGACAGAUCUCGGUCUUAGUAAUGACGUUACGUCAAUAUGACUUUGACAAUAUGAUGUCUUUGAUGGUUGAUGUCUCAUUGAAUAGGCUGUUUGACACGAUUUCACCAUCAAAUCAAAAACCAAUUCAAAUACUUUACAUUUUUUUUUUCACUCUAAACAGAAUCUUUAUUUCUGUAACUUUUUUUACCCAAACACUUUAACUUUACUUUUCAUACUGUCAAUACCCUUUUUUACAGUGCCACAUACAACUAUCUACCAACAUCAUUAGAUGUUUAUCAUUAGAUGUGAUUUUUAUUCCUUGCAUUAUUAAUUACAAUGGCAAAGUUAUAAUUAUCGAACGGUUCUGAUUGCUAGAUAUCUUAAAAGAUAUUAUAUUAAUAGUACAGGUAACAAAACCUAUCAUAUCAGUUUCUCCUAAGAUUGCCGCAUUUAUUUAAGCCUAGAACUGUAUUUGCUAGUAUUCAUUGUUUUAUUUUUUAUUUACAUUUCAAUAAAUUAUUAAGUUAG